AUGGACAACUCAAGCGAUCCAAAGCCAUACUGGCUGCCCAACUUCUUCAGAUCCGAACAAUCCACCUUUCUAAUUCCGCCUCACGAGCGAACAUCUCUCCUUGAGCCCACUCACGCGAAUCCAAAUACAUCCCCAUCCGCAUUAGGCGAAGCAUCCGACGUGGACGAAGACGAGUCUACAUUCAAGCAAUGGGUUACGGAAUUCUUCAUGCUGCUGCGCGGCUCCGUGCCUGUGAUAUUGGCCUACACACUCCAGAACUCUUUGCAGACGAUCUCGAUUUUGAUAGUUGGGAGGCUGAGUCCUGAGAAAUUGGCUACGGCAGCUUUCAGUUAUAUGUUUGCUAUGUGUACCGCAUGGUUGAUUGCGCUGGGAGGAACAACUGCCUUGGACACAUUGGCUUCGUCGACUUUUACAGGAAGCAAGAAUCCCCACGAUCUCGGGAUCUUGCUACAGCGGGCUUUCGUCGUCCUCACUGCUUUCUAUAUACCGGUUGCUGUCUUGUGGGCAUGCUCUGCUCCAAUCUUCAGAUUACUGGGGCAGGAAGAGUACCUCUGUGUGGAUAGUGCCAGAUUCCUAACGGUAUUGAUACCAGGUGGUUUAGGCUAUGUUUACUUUGAGGCUAUGAAGAAAUACUUGCAAGCCCAGCAAAUCAUGCGCCCAGGUACCUACGUUCUCCUCCUCACCUCUCCACUCAAUGCAGGCCUCAACUACCUCUGCGUCUACACCUUCAAGAUGGGCCUACUCGGUGCGCCCUUUGCAACCGGAAUUGCUUACUGGAUAUCUUUUUUCCUCCUUGUCGCCUACUCUCGCUUCGUUGCCGGCUCGGUCUGCUGGGGCGGCUGGUCUCUUGCCUGCUUGCACAACAUCAAGACAUUCGCUCGCUUAGCAAUUCUCGGCGUCGUUCAUGUUGGCACGGAAUGGUGGGCUUUCGAAAUCGUUGCCUUGGCUGCUGGGCGGCUAGGCACGAUCCCGCUCGCUGCGCAAAGUAUCAUAAUGACUACGGACCAAGUCAUGAACACGGUCCCCUUUGGCAUUGGCGUUGCUGCUUCGGCACGAGUUGGUAAUUUGCUAGGAUCACGCAAUGCGAAGGGUGCGGCUAGGGCGGCGAAUGUGGCUGCUUUUUUGAGCAUUGUUAUGGGUGCCCUUAUCCUCAUCAUUUUGAUGUCCGUGAAGGACUCCUUCGCCAAGAUCUUCAACGACGAUGUUGCAGUUAUCAAAUUGACAGCGCAGGUCCUUCCAUACGUUGCGCUCUUCCAGAUCGCGGAUGGCUUGAAUGGAAGCUGCGGGGGCAGCUUGAGAGGAAUGGGACGACAGCAUAUCGGGGCUGCGGUAAAUAUAGCAAGUUAUUACAUGGGAGCAUUACCGUUAGGCAUCUGGCUGGCGUUCCAUGGGUGGGGACUGAGUGGACUCUGGGUUGGGCAGUGUAUAGCGCUGUAUCUUGUCGGGGCUAUCGAGUGGAUUAUCGUCGCGUGGAGUGACUGGGAGUGGCAGGUGGAGAAAGCGUUUGAGAGGAUGGAUAGUGGGGACAGGGUGGAGACUGGGGAGGGAGAAUCGUUGGCGGAAGGGCAGGCGAAUGGAGAAUUCCGGUGA